GAUCGAUAUGGAGGCGGACUCAGUGAUCGAGGAUAAAACUAUCGAGCUGAUGUGUUCUGUGCCCAGGUCUUUGUGGCUAGGCUGCUCCAACCUGGUAGAGAGCAUGUGCGCACUGAGAUGCCUGCAGAGCAUGCCCAGUGUCAGAUGUCUCCAGAAUACAUCUGGUAUGGAGGAUCAGAAUGAAGACGAGUCUCCCAAGAAGAAUACAGUAUGGCAGAUCACUAAUGGACCCCCUUCUAUGAUCGUCUCCAGAAAGCGACCUUCAGGAAAUUACGAGAAAGAGAAGGAUUUGUGUAUUAAAUAUUUUGACCAGUGGUCUGAAUCUGACCAGGUGGAAUUUGUGGAGCACCUAAUCUCCCGGAUGUGCCAUUACCAGCAUGGACAUAUUAACUCCUAUCUGAAGCCCAUGUUGCAGCGAGACUUCAUCACUGCUUUACCAGCCCAAGGAUUGGACCACAUAGCAGAGAACAUCCUAUCAUACCUGGAUGCCAAGUCACUGUGUGCUGCUGAGGUGGUGUGUAAAGAAUGGCAGCGGGUGAUUGGCGAGGGCAUGCUGUGGAAAAAGUUGAUUGAGCGGAUGGUGCGCACCGACCCGCUGUGGAGGGGGCUUGCAGAGAGGAGGGGCUGGGAACAAUAUCUGUUUAAAAAUAGGCCUGCUGAUGGCCCGCCAAAUUCAUUUUACAGAGGAUUGUACCCAAAGAUUAUUCAGGAUAUAGAGACCAUAGAAUCCAACUGGAGGUGUGGGCGACAUAACCUUCAAAGAAUCCAGUGUCGAUCAGAGAAUAGCAAAGGAGUUUACUGUCUACAAUAUGACGACGAGAAAAUAAUCAGUGGUCUGAGAGAUAACUCAAUCAAAAUUUGGGACAAACAGUCGCUGGAGUGUUUGAAGAUACUAACGGGUCACACAGGCUCUGUGCUGUGUCUGCAGUAUGAUGAGCGAGUCAUUGUUACUGGGUCUUCAGACUCUACUGUAAGGGUCUGGGAUGUUAAUACGGCAGAGGUUUUGAACACGCUAAUUCAUCACAAUGAGGCAGUGUUGCACCUUCGUUUCAGUAAUGGACUGAUGGUCACAUGCUCAAAGGACAGAUCUAUAGCUGUGUGGGACAUGGCCUCUCCGACUGACAUCACUCUGCGGAGGGUGUUAGUUGGCCAUCGGGCAGCAGUCAAUGUGGUAGACUUCGAUGACAAAUACAUUGUAUCAGCGUCAGGUGAUCGAACUAUUAAAGUGUGGAGCACAAGCACUUGUGAAUUUGUACGUACUUUGAAUGGCCAUAAGCGUGGAAUAGCGUGCCUUCAGUAUCGAGACCGACUGGUUGUCAGUGGCUCCUCAGACAACACUAUCAGGUUGUGGGACAUCGAAUGUGGUGCCUGUCUGCGGGUCUUAGAAGGGCAUGAGGAAUUAGUCCGAUGCAUUCGAUUUGACAACAAAAGGAUUGUUAGUGGAGCUUACGAUGGCAAAAUCAAAGUAUGGGACUUGCAAGCUGCUCUCGAUCCUCGAGCUCCUGCAAGUACUUUAUGUCUACGCACUUUGGUGGAGCACUCUGGCCGGGUAUUUCGACUGCAGUUCGAUGAGUUUCAGAUCAUCAGUAGUUCUCAUGACGAUACCAUUCUGAUCUGGGAUUUCCUGAAUGUGCCAUCAAGUAACCAGAACGAAACACGUUCUCCAUCGAGGACGUACACAUACAUCUCCAGAUAACGGAAUACGUGGCCACUACCUGGAGCAGGGGCUGGAAUUACUACUGGAUAUUGGCUAUAUGGAGCCUGAAGAUGACUAUGCUCAAAGAGCCAUGUUUAGUUGUGGUGACCUGGUUUCUGUGGAUGUGGAUAGAUUGAAGCCAGCAAGCUAUCAGUACAGUACAUUAUGCGUUCCCCCCCUCAUCCCCCCCACCAACACCCCAAGAAUCUAUCUCUCUUGCUCGCACACUCUUCCCCUGCCCCAUCGCGUGCUCUCCCCCUGCCCCAUCGUGCGCUCUCCCCCUCUCUCUGCCCCUGUGUUUCCUUUACUCAGAGGAUUCUGAAAUGACAUUUACAGCAGAACUUGCAUUUGAGGAGCCUAGCCAUCUGCCAUACUAUGUACAGAAAAGAAGAGCAGUCUCUGUUUCCCAAAGCUAAGUGUUUCACAAAUGGGUUCUUCUAAAUGGACAGGCUGCCAAACCUUUGAUUGGAGGAAGGAUUUGGCUCAUUCAGUAUCGCUUUGCACUUUGCCCUGAGGAAAGGGGAUGAAGAAGUCAUUUUGUUGGGACAUUUGUUUCUUUGUUUAGGUGCCAUAUUAUUCCAGAACAACAAGCAGAAUUUCUCAAAGCUUUGGUAUGUAUUAGGAAGCAUCAUUCUCUCAAAACCUGUGAAGAGGCCUCUCAGUUUGGUUGCCUUUCUCACUUUCAUUCAGAUUACAAAUGGAUGCACGUUCUAUACAAGGAAACAGUGCAUUGAAUGAAUUCCUAAAGUUUGAGCUUUUUGGAAAAGGGGGUUUCUUUUUUAAUAUAUAUACAUAUAUAUAUAUAUAUAUAUAUAAAAUAUUUAUAUAUAUAUAUACAAAUAUAUAUAUUAUUAACAGUAAAUAGAAGUGUUAGCUGCUUAUAUACAAAGAUUACAUGCAAUUCGAGCUGUGUCGAAUGUAGCUAGUUGUAUAUAACGUCGUGUGUUGAUUGUAUAGUAACCUAUUUGAACCUUCUCAUGGGAUUUUUGUUUUCUUUCCCCAAAUGUUCUUGAAACUAAUGGAGGGCUAUAUUGCACUAACUGUGAAAAGCAUGUAUUUAUGCAUAAUUGCUGUGUCCCUUCCCCUUUCAAACCAAUGUCACUACUGUGAUUUAAAGCAAAAUGCAUUCUCAUCCCAGGUCAUUAACAUUACUUCUCUGAUCCUUUCAAAGAUUUUUUUAAAGCAGAAUAGCCCUGUUGAAAUUUUAAUUUAUGUAACACAGCCAGUGAAUUUUGAAGACAACUUGAUUUAAUAAGAGAGGCUGUUUCUGGGGAACCCCCCCCACCCACCUAUUGGUAUAUAGUUAGGUGCAGUUCUUGGCCCAAUUAUUUGUUGAAUAACUUGUGUUUUUGUACAUAUUCCAUAUCCUUGUGUUUUAACCAGACGUGGUCAUCUGCUACCUAUCUGCCAAGACAAGCUUCAGAUUAUAUAGAAAUGUUUCUUCCUCUUCCCCACAUCCUUCAAACAAAAAGAAACAUGAUUUACUGGAGCACACAUUUUGUAAAAGUGAAAGCUUUGUUUUAAGACAUCUCAACUAACAGUAUCUUUGCACAAGCAGUUACCUGUAAGUAUUGCCUCUAUGGUUUAUGUGUAUAUCGAAAACUGGCAUCUAGGAUAUAACAUUGUCACAGCCAAAGCUGAGAUUCUGUAGUGUGUUUUUUCUCUAUCCCUCCCCCUGAGAAAGGGGUUCAGCUGCUUGUGUUUUACACGUUGAGACACAAGGCAUGCAGUCACACAGAGUUGGUGUCUUCUUUGUGUUUAGGUGUAUAUUUUGUAAUGCUUUAAUUUAAAGACCUGUUUAAAAGUCCUGUGCCCAGUAUGUCACUGCAAAGGAAUUUUUUCAGUUGUCAGCUGCAGAACCAUGUAGCAGGAAUGCGAGGAUCUGAGGAUUAAGGAGCUCUUUUGACAUUGGCUGUACUCUGCGAGUAUGCUUACUGCUCACAGCUGUGGACCCUAUUAAGGGACAGUACGACUGCUCUGGAAGCGCUGGGAUGCGAUGAUUAUAUCAUGUAAUUAUGUUUGAAACCUCUGAACCCUGCCUACUUUCCAGUGGAAAUAAGUACGUGUGUCUCGACAGUUCAUAAAGACUGUUAUAAAUGUACAGAAAAUUGUUUAUCAGUUUAAGCUUUUAACGUGGAAUGUGCUUAAUAAAUUACUUCAGUUACAAAAUA